CCCUCAAGAGUCAGCUGUUAGCCUAGUGCAACAAGUUGGCAGCCCCAACACAACGCCGGUCAAAACCAAAACUGUUUUAUAAUUUAUAUUAGAUCGGCCAAAACACAUUGGAAUGUUGCGGAAUUUGCUGCGCAGCUUUGAAACUGUGCUGCGACUGCCAGCAGCCACGAAUGCAGCUCCAAUAUCCUGCAGCAGGCGCCUCCUUUUCUCCCAAUACGAGUUCGAGGGCCAUGCGAGGCCCAGAAAGUCUCCUCUGGCGGCCACCGCCACAACAAACGCUCCGUUCAGUGGCAGCGAGACAGACAGCGAGUAUUUGCCUUAUAAACUGGAGCAGGAGACGGGCACCAAGUCCAGUACUUUAGUGGAAGCACUAAGGGAAAGGUUCCGCUUUACGGAAGCAGAGCUACAGCGGAUUAUGAGCGAUGAGACAGUGCACCGAAACUACCGUGGACGUUCUUUGAUUUCGACGAUGGAUACAUUGUUGCUGGAGGGCGUGGAAAGACGUAGCUUUGUGGAGUACCCCUGGUUGUUGUCCCUGGAUAACAAGCGCCUGGAACUCAAGCUGCAGCUUAUCAAGUCCAUGGAUAUGCAGGACAUUAAUGACUUUGUACCCUUCCUGCGCCUCACAGUGCCCAGGCUUAGGAAGCUGGUGAGCGCCUUGUACUCCGAAAGGAACACCAUUCCCCAGGGAAACCGGGUGUACUACAUCAGCGAGAAGCUACAAGUCAGCCCGAAAAUUGUCACUAAAUAUCUGUCAAAACGACUCUUUAUCCUGGAAAUGCCCUACGAGAUGUUCGAGAAGAACCUGCACUACAUGAUAGAGUACAAUGUGUCGCCUAUCAACAUCCUCAAGGACCUCUGGGCCUUUCGUUAUACACCAAAGUCUGUUCAACUGCGGUUGGAGAGAGCUAAGCGGGCCAAAAAGGACAAGAUAAUGCCGUGGAUGGUCCGCUGUCCAGAGCCUAUACUACAACGCUCACUCAAGCUUUCCUUGGACGAGCUGCAGGUUCUGGGUAAUUUCUCAUCCGUGGUCGAGUACAUCGCACAUCGUUUGCAAUUUACGGUGAACGAGGCCAAGGCGAUCAUGGACAAACAUCCCCAAGUGCACACAGUGCGGGUGACAAAGAUCAAAGAAGUUUUGGACUAUUUGCUGGAGGAGGCCAAGUUUACAAGAAUAGAGAUCGCCCAAGUGCCUCGAAUCCUGUGCCACAGUCUGAAAACAACCAAGGAGCGCAUGGAGGAGCUAAAGUCGCACGGAUGUCGUCCUAGCUCUCUGGUUAUUUUAUGUCGCAGUCGCCGAGAGUAUGAUAAGUUUCUAAGGCACUGGAUUGGCAUGGCCAGAGACCCCGAUACCACUCCAGAUCAAUAAAUUCCUAGAGUUGAGUGUGAUUGAGCGUUAAGUUUGUGACUUGAAAGUAAUAAAUUUAAUGAAAGAAAUGCAAAAAUGGA